GUAUUUUGCGACUGAGUAAGCUCCCGCGAGCUUUCGAAACCAAUGCGAGUGAUGUGCUAGAGGAGAAAAAGGAAGGCAGCAAGCAUUUUUGUCAAUGCAGGAUAGUGUAUAGUAACAUCCGCGGGGCCUUUCGCUGUUCCUAACAGACUGAACUGUUGAAGCAGUUUUUGAUCGGUGGACUGAAAAAUAUUCAAGAACUGAAGUAUUAGAAAUAAAAAAUGGUGCAUUUAGUGAAAAGAAUCUUUCCUGCCGUCUUCAUCCUGGUUGUUGUCCAGCGGAUACACGCGCAGACGGAUUAUUGUGACAAAACAUUGUGCAAGAACAACCUACCACACGUUGCCUGCGGUAAAGGCGAUACAUAUGGUCCAUUUUGUCCGGUGAACAGACAGCUAGUCCCAUUGUCGGAGGAGGUUAAAAAUUAUAUCCUAGAUCUGCACAACCAAUUUCGCAGUACGGUAGCAAGAGGCGAUGUUCCUGGAUAUGAACCGGCUUCACGGAUGCCGACAUUGGUUUGGAGCGAAGAGCUGCAGAAACUCGCCGAGUACAACGUGAAAACUUGUAUUUACGGUCACGAUUACUGCAGGAACACACCGGAUUUCCCACUAGUUGGCCAAAAUAUUGCAGCGAAUUCUUUCUAUGGAAUGGAGGUAACACCGCUGGAUACAAUGACGGAGCUGUUGUAUAGUUGGUACGGAGAGUACGAAAAUGGUAACAUGGGUUACAUCGACUCUUAUCCUUUGUUGGGACAAGAUCCACCAAAGGAUAUUGGCCAUUUCACGCAAAUCAUGAUGGAUAGGGCGGUAUCAAUAGGAUGUGCCAUGAUUGAGUAUACUCAAAACGAACAGGGCCAUGAUUGGGUGCAUCAAAAUUAUGUCUGCAACUAUUCCAACUCAAUCGCACGUGGGCACCCGGUGUACAUAAAAGGUCAACCGUGUGCUCGAUGCCAAACCGGAUGCAGUGAAACCUAUCCUGGACUGUGUAAUAUUGGCGAACAGGUGCCCCCAACAAAGACGUAGGCCCAUUUGAGGUGUGGCUUUCACAUAGUUUCAGUUGGUAUUCAAAAUGACAUAAUUAAUUUAUUUCAUUUUAUCCGUAUGCCCUAAGGACAACGAUAUAAAUUAUUUCGCAUCGAACGAGCAUCAUUGAA